AAAACACAUAAACCUUACCUGUAUUCUAAUCCAGCGACCCUGUAUCCAAACAAGCGAUUAAUAUUAGUUGACGAUACUUAAGUUUAUGCCGAGUCGCCUUUGCAGGUGGUAAAUUGUCUGAAGAAUUUAGUCCUCGGUUUUGUAACAUUCGCCAAGACAAUGGACAACGAAAACGCAGCAUUGUUAAAGUUUAUACCACUGCGAAGCUUUGUCCAUAAUGAUUUCUGGCAUAAGUAUGUAGACAUUAAACUAGAUAUAGAUCGUUUAGAUGCUUCCAGGAGGAAAAUAUUUGGAUUUAUUUCAUUGGCAAAACAAACACUGGCACAAAUAGAAGUAGAUUGUACAUCAUUCAAUUCAACCCGUUCAUAUGAUCCAAAUCGAGUAAUUUGUAACGGCCACAUUCAUAACUACAAUACGAUAGAGUCAUUCAAGCAAUGUAACAAAAAGACUUUGUUGAAGGAACAGGCUGUACAGUUUUAUCAUCAUCUGAUGCAACAGAAGUGCAUAAACAAUAGCACAGAUUUGCUGCAGUUUUUUAUGAUCUCAUUUUCUGAUUUAAAAUCAUAUAAAUUUUAUUAUUGGUUUGCAUUUCCUGUCCCUUCGGAUCUUGUGUAUCUUUGUGAGACAGCAUACGCAUUGCCAAAAUCAAUGGAAGAUCACUUGAGCUUUUGUAUUGAAAAGCGUUGGAAUUUGUCAAGCUUGCACCGUGAACCUAGUGAACUAUUUUUUAUCUACCAUCGAUCGAUAGACAUUAGAUUGCUCUCGGAAUAUGUGUGCCACACUAACAUCGAAGCUAAUUUUUGCGAUGUGGAUCUGGAGGAUAUUUCUUUUUGUUUCUAUGAUGCUGCCAACAAUAGUUGUGACAUGACAGUGAGCUGGCAUGUUAGGCAACUCUUAGUGUAUAUCACGCUUACUUGUCCUAGUCUAUCUGAGAAAAUAAUCAGCCUAAUAAAAAUAAGCAAAAAUACGACUGGAGAAUUCCAGUUUUCCGAUAUAAGGAUUAAAGUUCCACAGCAUAUAGAAAAUAUCAACCAAAUUGAUAACUGGGUAGGAUGGGAAGUGAAUGAAGCCCAUCGAUAUGUACCGCGCUUUGUUUCUUUAGCUGAAAGCAUGUCGCCAAAGUGUUUAGCAGAAAAUGCGAUUAAUUUGAAUCUUAAACUUAUGAAGUGGAGACUUGUCCCUGAACUCGAUCUAACUUCGAUUCAAAGAACUAAAUGCCUUUUAUUAGGUUCUGGUACGCUUGGAUGCAAUGUUGCAAGGUCUUUGAUGGCAUGGGGUGUGAACACAAUAACGUUUGUCGAUUGUGGUCAAGUAUCUAUGUCAAAUCCAGUUCGGCAAAGUUUAUACCGUUACGAAGAUGCAUUAAAUGGAGGGAAGCCCAAGGCUUCAACGGCCGCUGCGCGACUGCGAGAAAUUAAUCCUGCAAUUAACACACAAGGAGAGGAUAUACGAAUUCCGAUGCCUGGGCACCCCGUCACAGAAGCCGCAGCAGUUGAAGAAACUAAAUCUUGUUUAGCUAAACUUACAACUCUUAUUGAGAAACAUGAUGUCGUUUUUUUAUUGACUGACUCGAGAGAAAGUCGCUGGCUUCCUACGAUGCUUGCCGCAUUUUACGGAAAGCUAGCCAUUAACGCAGCACUCGGUUUUGACUCGUUCAUGGUGAUUCGUCAUGGUUAUGGUUCAUCAAACAAUGACACUGAUUGCAAAACUGACGUGUUAGAAAAUGGAUUCAAACGAGUUGAUGGCGCCAAUCUUGGUUGUUACUUCUGUAACGAUAUUGUUGCACCUGGAAACUCUUUAAAGGACCGUACGUUAGACCAACAGUGCACUGUUACACGACCAGCUGUUUCGAAUACGGCAGCUGGACUAGCCGUAGAAUUGAUGGUGUCUCUUAUACAACAUCCGCUAAGGUUUUCUGCUCCGGCAUAUUAUCGAACACCGAGAAGUGACCCCAAUAAAAUAGGACAAGAGCCAGAAGGAAUAUUGGGUGUGCUACCACAUUCCAUACGCGGGAAUAUUGCCGCACAACAGUAUAUGUUGACUGCUACCGAACGUUACAAACACUGUGUUGCAUGUUCCACGAUUGUUCUCGAUCAUUAUGCAUCGAAGAAAGAAGCGUUCAUAAUUGAUGUAUUAAAUGCGCAUAAAACUCUCGAAGAAAUAGUAGGAAUUGAUUAUUCGAAAGCUAUUACGGAGGAAAAUCAAAAGGACCCUAUUGAAUUCGAGAGUGAUUUUUCUGAUGACUCCUAGCCUUCGAAUUGCGAUGAUACUUCAUGAUAUAAUAAAACAACACAACAAGAACAUUCUGUUGAGAUUUUUUAAAGGAAACGUAAACUACUAUGGUGAAAUAUUUAUUGCUGGGGAAAAAGUAAUCCAUUAUUUUCUAUUCCUUUAGUGAUUGAUAUCUCGUGAAGUAUCAAUCUUAAAGUUUCAAGUUUAGGCUCGUUUUAAAACUGACACUUCACACUUAGAGAAAUGCUUUCACUGUUUUUUGUUUGUUUCAUUCACUUGUUAGUUACAGGGUGUUAACUGUGGAAGUCAACUAAGAGAAAAUUCGGCACAUUUUAUAGUUUUUCUUUGGAAAAGGCGAAAAUGCAAGCUAGGUCGUUGACAUUAUGCAUGGUGUUUAUGGUACCGUUACACCUCGCAGAGGCACACCCGCCGUCGAAAAUGUCGAUAGAAUCACAGAAAUAUUCAAAGUUGAUCAGCAUUUUUGUAAUCAGAGCAUCGGCCAGGAGCUAAAUAUCAACCAUCAAACAGUCUUAAGCCAUUUGCGCAAAGCUGGAUUCAGAAAGAAGCUCGAUGUUUGGGUGUCACAUGAAUUAACACAAAAAAUUUGAUGCAUCGAAUUUCCAUCUGGGCAGUUUUGGUUAGACGGAAUCGACCCAUUUCUUAAACGGAUGGGUACUGGGAAUGAGAAUUGGAAUACAUACGACAAUACUGUGUGAAUACGAUCGUGGUCUAAGCGUAGUAAAACAGCUCGACCAGUGGUCAAACCAGGCUAGGAAUGUUUUACUGGGUGUGACUUGAAAGGAAUCGUUUAGUAUGAGUUGCUUCCGUGUAGCCAAACACUGACGUUCAGAUGACUUGACGUUUGUGUGGACAACGAAAUGUCCCGCACGUCUACAUAUAGUGACCUGCCAGAGAGUCCAGGAGCUUAGUUGGGCAGUUUUAAUGCAUAGUCCGGAUCUUGCCCCAAGCGACCAUCUUUUCGCGCAUUGCAAAAUUUCCUGAGUGAUAAGAAAUUGAGUUCAGUUCAAAGGAUGGUGAAAAUAGUUUGCUAUAGUUUUUCGCCAAUAACGACCAAUACUGCUACAAGAGAGCCAUUAUGAACCUUCAUAUAAAUUUUCCCACAAAACGGUGCAUACUUGACGUAAAUCGGACCAUCGGAAUAUCUUAAAUACAGUUUUAAAAUUCACUCAAAAAUAAUGGAUAACUUUUUCCCCAGCCUUAUAUUAUGUCUAAUCAAAAGAGUUAUCAAAUAAGAAUUGAUAAUGGUUUAGGUUUAAGUAAAAACUCGUAUCUAUUUCAAGGGUUACGCAAGGUCGCUUCUCGUUACCACUUAAAACUUAUCAUGUAUUUUAGCCGUGGACCCAGGAGUCCACUUUCAUUGACCAUAGACCGAUCGACUCUUCAUAGAAGAAAAUUAAUAAUUUCGAAAACGUUCGGUCCAAACCGUUUUGAUUGUAUGUUAAUAUGUGUGUACCUAGAUUAUUGUAUAGAGAUAGUUUAAGAUAUCUUUUGCCUAAGUUGAGUUUUGUAAUAGUAGCCCAAAGUUGUGUUUUGGAAAUAAAAGCAAAUGUUCAUCAUAUUGGAUGGUCGAAAAAGUCUUUUCGUAUUUCACGAUAGAUGGCUUUAGUGAUCGAUCGAUCUCGUGAACUAUCCAUCGUACAGUUUCAAGUUUAGGCUCAUUUUAAAGCUGAUACUUUACACUUAAAAGAAUGCUUUAAUUAUUUUUUAUUUUUUCCAUGCGUUUGUGAGUUACAGGGUCUUUACAAUGGAGGUCAACUGAGAGAAAAUUCGCUACAUUUUACAGUUUUUCUUUGAAAAAGCCGAAAACUCGAGCUAGGCCGCUGAAAUUUUGCAUAGUGUUUAUGCUGCCGAUACUCUAACAGCUAGUUAGGUGCAAUUUUUGUUCCGUCGACCCGUUUCAGUUUUUUUCGAUGUUAAAAAUGCACUUCGCCCAGGCAGACUUGUUAUCAAAAAUGUCGACAAAACCACAGAAAUAAUCAAUGUUGACCGGCAUGUUAGUAGUCAGAGCAUCGGUUAGAAGCUCCAGAUUAACUAUCAAACCGUUUAAAGCCACUUGCGCAAAGCUGAAUUCACAAAGAAGCUCGAUGUUUGAGCGCCACAACACGAUGGCGCGAAAUUCCAUCUGCGAAGUUUUGGCCAAACGGAACGGAAUCGACCCAUUUCUUAACCGGAUGGGUACUAGGGAUGAGAAA